CAAACUGGCACCGGAAAAACCUUUACAAUGGAAGGUGAAAGGUCACCUAAUGGAGAGUAUACUUGGGAGGAGGAUCCCUUGGCUGGCAUAAUUCCACGUACUCUUCAUCAAAUUUUUGAGAAACUUAAUAAUAAUGGCACUGAAUUUUCCGUCAAAGUAUCCCUGUUGGAAAUCUAUAAUGAGGAACUCUUUGAUCUACUUAACCCAUCUUCUGAUGUGUCUGAGAGAUUGCAGAUGUUUGAUGACCCCCGUAACAAGAGGGGAGUAAUAAUCAAAGGUUUGGAAGAGAUUACAGUACACAACAAGGAUGAAGUUUAUCAAAUUUUGGAGAAAGGUGCAGCUAAAAGGACCACUGCAGCAACACUGAUGAAUGCAUACUCUAGUCGUUCCCAUUCAGUCUUCUCUGUUACAAUCCAUAUGAAAGAAACUACUAUCGAUGGAGAGGAGCUUGUGAAAAUUGGGAAGUUGAAUUUGGUUGAUCUUGCAGGAAGUGAAAACAUUGGCCGUUCUGGAGCAGUUGAUAAGAGAGCUCGGGAAGCUGGAAAUAUCAAUCAGUCUCUGUUGACUUUGGGAAGAGUUAUUACUGCUCUCGUAGAAAGAACACCUCAUGUUCCUUAUCGAGAAUCUAAGCUAACUAGAAUCCUACAGGAUUCUCUUGGGGGCCGUACGAAAACAUCUAUCAUUGCAACAAUUUCCCCUGCAUCUCUCAAUCUUGAGGAAACACUGAGCACAUUGGAAUAUGCUCAUAGAGCAAAGAACAUACUGAAUAAGCCUGAAGUCAACCAGAAACUCACCAAAAAAGCUCUUAUUAAGGAAUAUACAGAAGAGAUAGAGCGUCUGAAACGAGAUCUUGCUGCGACCCGCGAGAAAAAUGGAGUGUACCUUUCAGAAGAAAAUUUCAAAGUCAUGAGUGAAAAACUAACAGUUCAAGAAGAACAGAUUGUAGAAUCGAUGGAAAAAAUUGGUGCAUUAGAGGAGGAACUAAGCAAGGUUACAGAAUUGUUUAUAAAUCAUAAAAACGAGCUUGAUCAGUGUAAAUCUGACCUGGAAAAUAAGGCAUGGGAACUUGAAACCACUCAAAAACACUUAGAAGAAACUAAAUUACAUCUUGUUGAAGAAACUUAUAUCACCUCAGUUUUGGAAAAUACCGAGGAAAAACUUCAUGAUACUGCCAGCAAGUUGCUUAACACAGUUGAAGAAACUACAAAAGAUGUUUCUGGCCUCCAUUUCAAGUUGGAUCGUAUGAAGGCAAUUGAUGAGCACAAUGCACAAGUUCAGGAUGUUUUUGGCAAAAACCUGAAUAGUCUGUUUAAUAAUAUGGAAGAAUUGCUUAAGAAUGGCAGCUCCAAACAAAAGAUCAUACUUGACUGUCACAAGGUCCUGUUUGGUAACCUGCUAUCUUCCAGUGUUUCUGCAUUAGACACCAUUGCUACAACAGCACUUGGAUCUCUCACAUCUAUUCCAGAAAAUGUGUCUGCACAUAUUUCUCAGAUUUCUGAUAUGAUAUUGAAAGAACAGUCAUUGGCAGCGGAAAGUAAAACUGUACUUCAGAUGUUGAUUGGUGAACUCAAGACUGAGCUUCAAAGUUCGCUGAAAACAUUUUUAUCCCCUACUGUGUCGUCAGUACUGAAGAUCAAUAGUCAACUAAUGAAUAUUUUCAAGACUUCAUUGACACUGACUGAUAAGGUAGAGGAACAGAAAAAGGAAAUGGAUGAUUUUCUGGGCACAUUUUGUAACAGUCUCCACCAAUUACAAGAAAAUACAAUUUCUUCCUUGGCUGACUUACAAAAGCGGUGUGAAAAUUUAACAGAAGAGCUGAAGGAAAUUAAGAAAAUCCAUUCACAGGAACUUUUCCAGUUAAUCAAUCUUUGGGGAGAGAGGUUCUGUGCUUUGGAGGAAAAAUGUGAAAAUAUCCAGAAGCCACUUUGUACCAUUCAAGAAAAUACAGAGAAGAAGUCUAAGGAUAUAAUCAGGAAAACAAGAUCUCAUAAUACAAAAUUUUGUGCUGAUUCAGAUGGUUUGUCCCAGGAACUCAAGCAUUUUCAUCGAGAAGGCACAGAUUUGGUUGAGGAGUCCGUGAAACACCUUGAUAAACUCAGUAGCAACCUUGAGUUAAUAACCCAACACACAGAACAGAGAUGCGAGGCUCUGAAUACAAGUACACUUUGUUUUUCAGAAGAGUGGGUAUCUUGCCUAAAUAAAAGAGAGGAGGAACUUCAAAACUUAAUGCAGAUACAUGUUGAUGAAGAAGUACUCAUGUCUCAAAGUCUGGAAUUUAAUGACAACAUAAAAAUUGGCUUGACUAAACUUAAUAGCUUUCUGCAAGAAGAACUUAAACUAGAUGUCGCAACAGGUACAACACCACAGAGGAAAAAUUACUCGUAUCCAUCACUGUUGGUGCGAACCAGACCACGUGAACAGCUUCUUGAUCAGCUAAAAAGAAAAGAUCCAGAGCUAUUAAUGGUGCCAAAUACUUUUGAGGGUAAAGAAGAGGCCAGUCAGGACGCGGAUGAAGAAAAGUCCGUUCUGGAGAGUACCAUAGAAGAACCUCAAAGUCAAGAGCCUUCUGUGGAUACCAGUGUGGAUUGUUCUUCGAAUGGCGGGGUUCCAUUUUUUAAGCGUAAAAAGCCACAUGGAAAAGACAAAGAAAACAGAGGCAUUAACCCAGUGGAGAGGUCUAAAGUGGAAGAAAAUACAGAACCAUUUGCAAAAAGCAAAUUGCCUCUUCGAGCCUAGUUUAAUCUUUAGUUGACUUGAGGAUUGGUAUUGCAUAUUUUCAUAAAAAUAAGAACUAUAAACCCAGAACUUGAGCCUUGUGUACAGAUUUAAAACUAAAAAGAUCAAGGCAGUACUGUAAAUUUGACUUUUUUAAUGUAUCUAUUUGUCUGUCAUCCUCCUUUUUAUUGUGUGUAAGUAGGGUUUAAUUUGGGAUCUAUAUUGAGUAAAUAUGAGUUUUAAGCUUUUGAUAUAAUCAUUUCAUAGAUAAUAAAAUUUUUCU